GACAGCACUGCGCGCUCACGGUUUUGAAUGUUGAACCGAAGUCUCCUGUGGCAAGCGGCGACGGGACGCGUGGACAGCAAACAUCUCUUCAUUUAUUCGCAAACAUUAACAUGGAAGGCAGAUAUGUGACAGAUCUAAUUACGUAUUCAGUCCUAUUUUUGUAAAGUUCAGUCAGCAACGUCGCGCGAACAGCUGGUUGGUUGUAGCUAGCAGCAAAGCUAGCUCGACAAACCCCUUUCCCCACUAGAAGAUUUUUUUAAUGAACCAUUUCAUCUCUCUAAAGUGCAGUUCUCUGCAGCACAAUCCUGUUUCUUGUGGACUUUGUGCUCUUUCUCGUUUAAAUCUCUUUAAUUUCACGAUGCGACUCUCUGGCACCGGGGUUCUCAUCUGGCUCGUUGCUGCGGUCUUCGUGGAUCACUGAAGAGAGCGGUGCUGAGCCCCACUGACACCCCAAUAUUCAUUUCCUCAACUAUUUACAGUAUUCUACAACCGGCUGCUCCUGCAGUGAUUCAGUAUCAUGGAGGCUGGCAGUGGGGCUGCUGCAGUGGUGGGAAGUGCAGCUCUCGGACUGCUUGGAGCCACAGGAAGUCAUGACAUCUCUGACAGGGGCCUGAGGCCUGGACGACACCCGGAAGAAGACGAUAUCGUGCCAGAGCUUGCCAGGAGCAUCCAUCCCAGAGAGCGACCUGACUGGGAGGAAACCAUCAGUGCAAUGGCACGGAGUGCAGAAAUUCCAGAGCUGAGCUCUGACCCUCUCAUGCGCUCUUGCAGCAGCACCGCCAGCAUGAAGAUGAAGAACGUUAAAAAGCUUUCAUUCACCAAGGGCCAUUUUCCGAAGUUAGCUGAAUGUGCCCACUUCCACUAUGAAAACGUUGACUUUGGGACAAUACAGUUAACCCUCGCAGAUGAACAGACUGAAGUGACACGGAAUGGCCUGGAGUCAAAAGAGCCUGUGUAUUUGGUUCAGAUCUACUGUCAGGGACGAAGCUGGAUCGUGAGGCGGAGCUAUGAAGAUUUCCGAGUCCUGGAUAAGCAUCUCCAUCUCUGCAUCUAUGACCGCCGCUUUUCACAGCUCCCAGAGCUGCCCCGUUUCGACAGCCUGAGGGAGAGAGCAGAGGCAAGGCCCCAAACACUUCUCUUUUAGCACUCCCCUGCGGCCAAUGAGAUAUUUUAGGCUCUUGCCUGUAAACAUAGAAUGGUCAGACCUUCCAUACACAGUGCUUAUCUUGCAAGACGCCCCUCUCAGAGCAGCUUUAGAUAUCUGUGAUGAGUGAGUGCUCAGUGAGGCUGGUUAACAGCACCCUUGAGAUACCAUCAGAUGGAUAUCCCUGUAGUGUUCAAAUAAACCUCUUCUCCCUGCUGUGUUGGGCAUAUCUAGCAUUUGUUUCACAGAGUAGUAUACUUGAACCAUGGCAUAUUUUCACACUUAAACUGAUCUGCUUUGAAGUUUGAGUGGCUGAUAAUGCCGCCCAUUAUGUUAUGCAGUAAUGGAACUCUCCGAGCUGGUAAGUGGAAGCUUCCAUGAUGCUUUUGUGUGUAAUCAGGCGCUUUGAGCUUCCCAAUACGAGAAAACAUCUUCAAGGUCAUAUUUCACCUAUUGGAUUGUGCAGUUUUAUUUGUAGAGAGAUAUUGGUGAAGAUGCAUCUGAAUCUUAAAGGAUGAGCUUGGUAUUGCAAGCUCUGAGAUGAUUUUAAAAGGUUAACUGGCUCUGAUUUAUAGGAACAAACACCUCAAAGGACACACUAAUUAUGAGGCUUGGCUGUGCAUUAAAUGUGUGAUGUCUCACACAAAUGAGCCUCAUUAGCACACAAACAAAACAUAUCAAAUAACUGAAGCGAGCGACGGUAUCAUUAAAGAAUGCUGUUCAAUUUCUGUUUACCUACAUUCUUCAUGUUGUUUUCUAGUAUAGUCAACACAAGCAGCGUUCCCUUGGAUUAUAGAGGUGCAUGAAGCCAUAUUGAGCACGAGAGUUCUCACAGCUGUCUGUUCUGUCUUUUUUGACCUAAUUAUGCUUCCUUUGCAGCCCCUUUUGGCCUUAGUUUUACAUUUUGGUGAGUCUGCCAGCAUACAUCUGGGAAAAUAAUUGACAGGAGGGUGGAUUUUGGGAUAAGUUCAGCUGGAACAGAUUCCAUCAGUGCUCUGUGGAUCAUGAAUGAACUCUUAUGGGCUUUCAUUGGCGCAUUUUAAUAUCCAGCUCUCUUUUCUCUCAUUGACAGGCUGUCCACCAGUCACCAAAACACUUGUCUUUCAUAUGAUAUUACAUUAACUAAUAUAUAUAUAUACACAGUAUGGUAUCAGAUCCUUUAAUUAGAAGGCGGUGACUAUAAAGCUUCGUUUAAAAAACAUCAAUUAUUUGAAAUAGAAAUCUAAAAUGUUAAAUAUUUUUAACUGUCAUGUUUGAUUGAUUUAAUGCAUACCUUGUGGAUAAAAAUAUUAAUUUCUUCACCCAAACAUUCUUACUGACCUCAAGUUUUUGAGUGAUAGUGUACAUUUAGCCAUGUUGCGUACAUUGUUAUUGUUUAUAUUUGCCCAGUUGGCCUCCAAUAUCUGUCAUAUGCAGAUAAGCUGUGACUGGAGAUAAUUAUUUAAAUAAACAUUAAUAUUUUUACCUUUCUGUAGCAAAGUGCAUUAACAUUGAAUGUUGUUUUCAGCUCAUUUAGCUUUUCUGAAAGAGACACAUAGAAACCUGAAGUAGUGAGUUCUUUUGU